AUGGAAUCUGAAUUCAUUGCCUUAGAUAAGGCCGGUGAAGAAGCUAAAUGGCUCCGGAAUUUCUUAGAGGAUAUUCCAUUCUGGCCCAAACCUGUGGGACCUAUUUGCAUACAUUGUGAUAGUCAAGCAGUAAUAGGAAGUCUGAAAAACAAUGCUACUAUUGAGUGUGAUGAUCAUGGUGCUGAGUUCUUCGAAGUCGAAAUCAACUCUUCCAUGGACAAAGUUAUUCAUCACCUUGAUUUGACAUUCCUUCAAGGUUUAUCAUGUAGGGAUUCGUCGUCAUCAACAUUUGGUCCCUUAACUCUUGCACAACUAAGCCAUUUCGAGUGUGGUGGAAUCCUUCUUAGUUUUUGCAUGUUGCACAAGGUGGGAGACGCGUGCAGCGCUUACUACUUCUUGAGGGAUUGGGCUAGGUUAACUCGAGAUCCAAAAUCAACAUUAUCUCCUCCAUACUUUGCUAAGGAUUCACUAAUGCCAUCACCAUUUGAUGGUCCUCUGGUUUCCCCUGUUGUCGAGCCGAAAAUGGAAGGAUGUAUCCAUCAGAGGUUCAUUUUCUCUGAAUCCAAGAUAAACGCGCUUAAAGCCUUGGUUGCUGCAGAAUCCUGUGUACAAAAUCCAACGAGGAAUGAGGUUGUGAGCGCCCUCAUCUACAAAUGUGCCGCUUCUUCUUCUACUUCCAAUUUAGGGCGAUCUCAGUUAGUCCUAACCUCAAACUUGCGAAGUCAAGCAAGUACACAACCACCACUACCACCAACCACCAUAGGAAAUAUGGUCACUAUAUUUUCCACACCAAUAUAUGAAAACCAUGAACGAGACCUCAGACUGUCAAAAUUAGUAACCGAUAUAAGAAAGUCCAAACACGACUUGUCCACCAGAAACAAUCUACAAGAAAAUGAAUUGGUCAUAGAGAUGUUGGAUGCAUAUAAAACAGGGAAAUUGCCAUUACAACAAAGGAAUUGCCAUGUUUAUAUAGCUACUAGUACAUUAGCAUUCGAAUUCGAAAAAUUAGAUUUUGGAUUUGGAAAACCUACUAGAGCAAGACAAGGAAUUGGUCCAAUUAGCAACUUUUUUAUCUUAACGAAUACACCUGAUGAUCAUGACAGAGGAGUUGAAGCCUUUGUCAACUUGAAUGAACAGGACAUGUCUGUUUUCAAGAACGACAACGACCUCCUCCAAUUUGCUAUUCCAGUUUAACGGCAGCAAAUGGACGAGUCAAAAUGAGUUGCGCUAAUAAAUGAAUGUGUUAAUGUACUUUGUUGAAAUAAGUUCAGGUCAAAAGUGUUCUAUUUCCAAAGUCUGUUGCAACUUUUUGGGGUGCAAUUUUCGUUUUCUAUUUAUCUAUUUGUGUAUUUUAUAAUAUCUAAUGUUGUUUUUGAUUUGUUAUUUAUGGAAAGUCAAAGCUUGAAGCA